AUGGGAGACAAGUCUGUAUAUGAUGAAACGCGUGAUCGAAGAGGAUUUCGCGAAAGAAUCAUGGAUUGCAUAACAAUGCGUGAAGAGAGAGCUACGAGUCCUGUUCCAGAAACAGAUGAGGACCGUAGUAACGAGGCUAGCAUUGGCUUAUGUCUUCGUGAGUUAUCACGAAGUCCUCUUUCGGUCGUUUGGAACCAAUACCGCAAUAAAAAGUGGCUGGAACAUCCAAGAUUACCGCCCUUGGAAGAGCUGGAAGCUAAACUUGUUGAGAUCGUUCCUUCCUACAGCGCAUUCUUUACAACGGGGAAAAAAUCAAUAGUGAAUUGCGCGUUUGUUCCUCUUUUUCCUUAUGAGUUCCGUCAUUUACAAGAUACAAUUCGCCGUGGCGAUGUUUCUCGGCGAAGUCUUCACUUCCGUUUUAAUCGACCUCUCGACUCUGUAAGCGACAGUCUCCUUCAAUAUUUAACAAAUGUUGAUAUGUGCGAUCAUAUGGCCGUGUGCUGCAAUGUAUUCGAAAAUGGCGAAUGGCGAACGAUAGCCACCGCUCGUGUGAUUCGCGAGCACGACCAGCCGGACUGGGCCGAGUGGGCCGCUAUUGUUGCGGACCCGUAUCACUGUAAUACCAUCGGCUCCUGCCUUCUUUAUUACAUUUCUCAGGUAGCUUUUAACGCGGGAAUUCACACGCUUUAUGCAGUGGUAAAUCCUGCGAAUGCUCCCGUUCUGCAUUGGAUGAAGAAGCUGGGAGCGAAGCUGGUUGUGCGCCAGAAUGUGUAG